UCUGCAGUGGAAGUACUACGUACGUGAGCUGUCUGACAUGUCUCCAUUCAUCCAAUGUUCUAUGUCAGCUGGUGUACAUCGCCUGGCUGUGCUUCGAACUUGUAUUCUGCUACCUCUUCAUCGUUGAGACCAAGAACGUGAUUAUAACGUUUUUAUUGUUCAUACAUGAUCAUCGGCUAAUGAGGUCUCGUCAGCGCACUCUCGAGGAAACUGCCGCCAUUUUCGAUGGUGAGGAAGGCGUGACCCAGAUUCAUGGCAAGGCUGCUGCGCAUGCAGGUCUCACGCACCGCAUCAGCACAGAAGAGAAAGACACGAAGUCAGAUUUUGCAAUUGCUAUGACGGAUUAAUCUCCGUAAGCCCAUCCGAGUUGGAUUGGGCGACAUUAUGAGAUUUGAUCUACUUGCAUGCCUUUUAUUGUUCCCAAUCUUCAUGAUAGUAAUGUUUGAAAUACAAUCCGACGAUGUAGUAGUGUACCCUGCGCUUGUGAAGUUGAAGUGGAUAAAUGGUCACAA